AUGCGCUACGUGCGUUUCCUCAAGACGCCUCGGAUCGUCUUGGCUGACAAGACGACUUCGAGGCCUCAUGAUGUCUUGUGUCUGGUCACCAUCACCUCCGAUUUAGGCGACUCUUUCCUUGCCGCCCAUGCACAGCUGUCGGCUGAACUACUGGCUUGUGAUUCCUCCGACAACGAGAAACUCAUCGUCUGGUCUUCAGUGCAAUGGACUCCUGGCAUGCGAAGUCUACCCAUCAGAUUACCCCUGCCCAAGUCUGGUGUAUCAACAUCACUUCGUCUCAAAGUCAGCACAACCCCCAAAAGCACUUGCGAUGAGUUUCAGAGCCUUGUAAGCCAUCAUUCCAACAGCAUCGUUUCUGCAUGGAGUGCUCCCUUUACUGUAUCGGUAGAAGCCCCCAGGCUGGCCGAGAGACGCUUUCAGUUGGCAUCCACUAGUCUCAAUGUCUGGGAAGAGACAGGCAACAGCAUUGCGCGUCAUUUGUGGGAUGCGGGGAUACUGCUCUCAUGUCAUAUGGAUCAGCUGCUCAGCGUAGAGAGCGAACUAGGUCAGGUUCUGUUCCCCAACAGAACCCGGUCUGGCCUUCGAGUCUUGGAACUUGGAACGGGAUGUGGCAUCGCCGGGAUAUCACUUGCUCAGUGUCUCGAAGACACUGUCAUCAUCGUCACCGAUCUGACCGAAGCUCGCGAGAUUGUCACAAGGAACCUGAGCCAUGUCAAGACAGCAGCUCGGUCCUCAAUCGAGUUCCAAGAGCUUGAUUGGGACGAAGCGCUACCUGCGAGUCUAAAUCCCACUGCCAUGAAUUUUGACCUAGUCUUCGCGGCUGACUGCACAUAUAAUGCCGAUAGCAGGUAUGCCUUGAACCUGAGCUGUUAUGCUUCCCACCAGCGCCAUCUAAUACGAGAUAGUCCGGCAUUUGUUAACACCAUAUCACGAAUCGUACAUGAAUCUCCUUCUACCGUAGUUCUAGUUGCCAUGAAGAUGCGGCACCCAAGCGAAGUAGUCUUCUUUGAGCUGAUGGCCGAAGCUGGCUUCAACAGAGUGUCAACUAUCUCAUAUCCUCUCCCGGGAGAUACAGAGGCCACAGAAGAGACCGUUGACCUACAUGUGUACAAAUAUGUAGCACCAAAAUGA